UGGUGUGCUCGGUCACAGGUUGGACGCGACGAUCUCAGAGAAUGAUGGCCUCGCAGGAGCAGGUCUGGCCAGUCCCAAUGAAGGCAAUUGGAGCACAAAACCUUCUGACAAUGCCUGGAGGAGUGACCAAAUCGGGGUAUCUUCAUAAAAAAGGAGGCACCCAGCUGCAGAUCUUGAAGUGGCCAUUGAGAUUUGUGAUUAUCCACGAGGGAUGUAUCUACUAUUUUAAAAGCAGCACAUCUGCAUCUCCCCAGGGUGCCUUUUCUUUGAAAGGUUACAACAGGGUUAUGCGGGCAGCUGAGGAGACAACAUCAAGUAAUGUGUUUCCUUUCAAGUUAGUUCACAUAAGCAAGAAGCACAGGACGUGGUUUUUUUCAGCUUCUUCUGAAGAUGAAAGAAAGAAUUGGAUGCUGUCCUUGAGGAGAGAAAUUGAUCACUACCAUGAGAAGAAAGAAACAAUAACAGAAUUCAGUGACUCUGGUUCUGAUGCAGACAGUUUCUAUGGCUCAGUAGAACGUCCCAUUGAUAUCAAGUAUUCUCAUCAUUCAGCAGAUAAUGAAGAUUACGACCAGGAGGAAGAGGAUGAGUCCUACUUGCAGCCAGAUACUUGUGACAUAGUGAAAGAUGAUAUGGUGCUGCCCCCAGCAUACCCACCUCCACCCGUUCCUCAUGUCAGAAAAGCUGCCUACACAGAAGCAAGGGCAAAUUCCUAUGCUGGCAAACCUACAGCACCAGCACCACCACCACCCCCUAAGAGGAGCUUACCUGAUAUCAAACUAGAGGAUCCCGUAACCACGAGAGAGCCGCAGUUGCAGUGCCGAGCUGAACCUAAUCUGAAGGUUCAGUCCUCAAGCCGGAGACUAAGUGAGCAGUUGCCCCCUGUGCCCCCUUUGCCUGUUUUCAAGAAGCCUGUGUGUGUCAAAGAAUCUCACCCAUUGCCUCCAGACCCUCUGCCUCCAGCCCAAGUCCUUGCUCUUCCAGAAGGAUGCGAGAAGCUAAAAAACUUAAACCUUUCACCGCGAACUCCUCCUCCACUACCAGCCAAUAAACCCAAGCUGUCACAGCUCACUGAAAAACCAGUGGAGCUGAAAGUGCCAAGAGAACAUGGUAAACCUGGACUGUUUGUGCCACCAGUGCUCCCAAAGCCACCUGUGCCAAGCCACCAGCCCCCUGGAAUCAAGCCUAGAGCAGAGAAGUCUUCAUGUCCCCAGUUACAGAGAUCACCACCAGAUGGACAGAGUUUUAGAAGCUUUUCAUUUGAAAAACCAGCACUACCCUCCAAGCCAAGCCAACCUGAUGAUGAUAACUCUGAUGAUGACUAUGAAAAAGUUGGGCUGCCUGCUUCAAUAUUUCUUAAUACCUCUGAAUCCUUCGAAGUUGAAAGGAUAUUUAAAGCUAGUAGCCCACAAGGACAACCGCAAAAUGGAUUGUACUGUAUUAGGAACUCAUCUACCAAGCCUGGAAAGGUAUUGGUUGUAUGGGAUGAACCUUCAGGAAAAGUGAGAAACUACAGAAUCUUUGAAAAGGAUGACAAGUUUUACCUGGAUUCAGACAUCAUGUUUUUGAACAUGGGAAGUUUGGUUGAAUACUACAGCACUCAUGUCUUACCUAGUCAUGACAGCCUGAUGCUUCGGUGUCCUUAUGGUUACUCCAAACCAAGGUGACAUGACAGCCCUAGUUCACUGACACCCCACUGUGGACUCCUGCCACUGCUGGACAUCCUGCUGUUUGCACACACAAACUGAGUCUGUUCCCACCAUUUAUUCUCACAUGAAUUGUACAUAAACGCCAUGUAAAGAACUCUUGGUAAAACCUUACAAUCCAGAUCCGUGGAUUUGAUGGUCUUUUCUUUCAAAAAGAUCUGAACUGGUUAUGCUGGGAAAGCUGUCCAGGAUACCCAGACUUUUUAUAAAACUGCUGCUAUCACUAAUCUUCUUGGAAUGUCAAAGGUGGGCAUGAACAAAGAAGUGGACUGAAUACAACUGAUCCAGAAAAUGGAAACUUGUGGACGUAUAUCAGAAUUUACUUGUGACAGGGAAUACUAAUACUCUGACUUGAAGGUAGUGCUCCUAAAGUCAGCACUGGUGCUCAACUGAGAUAUUCUUUUGUAUUACUUGUAUAGUUGACGUGUAAAUAAUGAAGACUUCUGUGCAAACUAUUUGAUUUACUAUGGGUAAAGAUGAUCAGGAAAUCUGGCUUUUUUUUAAGCCACCUCAUACAUACGUGUACCUUCCAAGUACAGUGUCUGCAGUAAUCACUGUCAGGUACUAUCCAGCUGGUACAGUUGUGGCAUCUCAGUCUGAGUCUGUAUCCACAAACUUCUUUUUUUCUGUUACCUUUUCAAAGUUUACACAUGCCCAUUUUAAUGUUGUUACCACUAGAUUGCCACAACUUUAAAAACAUAACAAAACCAUCACCGAAUAAGAAUUUUCUGUUUACAAAAACAAUAAACCAGGAUUUAAUCCCUAAGGAAUUUUCCUUACUAACAGAUGUAGUAUGAGGAUCAUACACAGGAAUGGAGGCAAGAAACUCUGCCUCCAUCUUUUGCAAGAGACACAGACAUACACAAUAUCAGUCUUUUGAUCUCUGUUCCUGCUCUAAUAGGGUUUAUGUGUAUAUUAAGUACUCAAAAUUCAGAUUUCGUUGAAUAUCUUAGGUUUCUAAUUCCUUUUAUUUUAAAUUAGUAUCCCUGUGAUUCACUACUCUGACAUGAUUGACUCUAAAGAAGGCUCAGCCAAGACAGCAUUUAAAAAACAUUUUUGGCAAAUACAUAUAUGUAUAUCAGAGCAAGUUCAAGUUUCUUACAGUAUUCACAUACACUGUUUAGAAAGUAAACUUUUCUCUGUCUGGGAAUAAUUGACUUCAUUGUGUCAUGACAGUCAUAUUUACAGUAUGUUCUCUUUGGGGCUCUAUUCAGAUUUUUUUUCCACCCAUACACUCAGAAGAUUUUUAUAUUGUACACAUACAUCUACAACAUAACACUUUCUUUACUUGUGUAAUACAAGAGUUGAAAAUAUGUAAAUUUUUGUGUUAAUGCCGUUUUGUAUCUAAAUGUAUAGAUUUCUGAAACAGAUAAAAACUUUCAGUGCCAG